GUGGUGUGCACCCAGGACCGGCUUGUGCUGCUCAAGGCUCAGAUCGGAAUCAACAGACCCGAUAGCAUGCGGCUCAUGAGUCUCUGGGGCCCGCUGCGGUCGCAUCUUCGUCAGCUGAAGGCCUCGCAACCAGUGGCACGCGCCAUAGCCUACCAGCGCGAGAGUAGCUCGGUCAGCCACGGCCGCAUCAUCAACCCGCUGAACAGCCACAGGCUUGUGACCAUUGCAAAGGACGCGCUGGAG